AUGGUGCAGUCUUCAGUCCAGUUUGGUGGACUCCCUUCUAAAGACCCCAAUCUGCAUCUAUCAAACUUUAUGGAGUUAUGUCAGACUUUUAAAGUCAAUGGAGUUAGUGAUGACACCAUCCGUUUGAGACUGUUUCCAUUCUCGCUUAGAGAAAGAGCCAAGAGCUGGUUAAUCUCCUUGCCACCAAAUUCUAUAGCUACAUGGAAUGACUUGGCUACAAAAUUUCUGUCUAAGUUCUUUCCUCCAACAAAGUCUGCUAAGCUGCGAGGAGAAAUUAACAACUUUUGUCAGCAAGAGAAUGAGUCUCUCCAUGAGUCUUGGGAGAGGCUGGUGGGUAACACUAGAACACUUAUAGAUGCUGCAGCUGGUGGAGCAUUUAUGAGGAAAAGUGCAAAUGAGGCAUAUGAUUUGUUGGAGGAGAUGACCCUGAAUAAUCAACAGUGGCCAACUAAAAGAAGCCAAACAAAGAAGGUAGCUGGUAUGCUAGAGGUUGAUGCUAUUACCAAGUUGACAGCCCAGGUAGAGGCCCUAACAAAACUGAUGGCUGUGCAAGCCAAACAAGCUCAAGUGGUCUGUGAGCUAUGUGGAGGUCCUCAUCAUUUUUCUGAGUGUCAGGAAGAUGUGAAUAAUUUGCCAAUGGAUGAAGCAAAAGCCAUUGGAAAUUACUAUCAAAACAACAACUUUGGGUUCAACCAAGGAGGAAAUCGAAGGAAUAAAACUAGAUCUUCCAUUAAAGACUUACAGACUCAAAUGGGGAAACUUGCAACUCAGGUAGCAACGCGUCCUCAGGGAAACUUGCCUAGUACAACUGAAGUUAAUCCUAAAGAAAACUGCAAGGCAAUUACCCUGAGGAGUGGAAAGAAUUAUGAUGGGCCUGAUGUGGUACAACCAUUGAAUGAAGAAGUUAAAGAUCAACCGACACCAACUCCAACAUCAACAGAGAAGAAGACUACUGACAGUCAUGCACCACAACAACAGUCUCCGCUAAUCAGUAUAGAUCAUCAUGUGAAGAUACCUUAUCCUCAAAGACUUUGA